CUCGUUUUAAAAUUGGGAGUGUAGGCGCAUGGCGCCCCCUUCUCUAUUUCUACAAGAUCAUCCAAGAGACGAGAGAGAGACGAAAGUGAGAAGGAUUUCAUUGAUCCUCCUUUAAUCAGUCUUCAUAGUGCUUUAUGAGAUGAAGACAAUCGGUCUCUCAGCGAUGGAGGACGGGCAAUCGUCAAUCCAAUCGCCCCCUUCCUCUGGAUUAUCAUCAUCAUCAUCAAUGGCUGCGGGAUGGGGAUCACUCCACAGCAACCCGUGCGCAGGAUGCAAGUUUCUUCGCCGAAAAUGUCGGCCAGAUUGCAUCUUCGCUCCCUAUUUCCUCCCCGAAGAACAGCAGAUGUUUGUUCUAGUUCACCGCGUCUUCGGCGCCAGCAAUCUGGCCAAGAUCUUGAUCGAUCUACAUCCCAGACAGCGGCAAGAUGCAGUAAUUUCACUUGUGUAUGAGGCCAGAAUGUAUUUCAUCGAUCCCAUCUAUGGCUGUGUUAGAAAAAUCUCUGCGCUCCAGCAAGAACUGAAGCAGAUCCAGUGUGAGCUAUCGUAUGCUCUUGCCGAGUUAUCUCGAUGGGAAUCGGCGAUCGCG